AUGGAAGUUAACCCAAUUCAACUCCAUGCACCCAAAGAAGUGGAAACACCUGAUGUUACUGUCUCGGAAUCUUUAGCCGAAGAAAACCAGAACGAGUUAGCACCUGAAGUUGACCAACAAGAGAACCAUAGCAACAAUGCAAAAGACGUGGAGGAAGAAGAAGAUGAAGAAGAGUAUAAUCCUGGAGAAGAUGGUAACGAAGAAAGUAACCAAGUAACCCCAGAACCAAAACCUGAAUCAGAAUUAGAAUCAGAAUUAGAAAAGCCAAAGGUGACAUUUAAUGAUGAACCAGAACAUGUUGAGCUAAAUAAAGUUGAGGUUGAACCAGAAUUAUUUGCCGACAACUCAGAAGCAGCAACUGUUGAACCGUCCAAAGAAGCUGAUGAUUAUGACCCGGAAAGUGCCUUCUCCGAAACCGAAGCUGCUAAUGACUCUAAAGCUGAAUUAUCAACAGAAGAAAAUUAUAACAAAGACAAUGAUAAUGAUAAUGAUGAUGGCUAUGAUCCUGAGCCACAAAUAAAUGAACAAGUCGAUGAAAAAGAAGAAGACAAACCAGUAACAAGUUCUACUUUACCUAAAGCUCCAUUAUUUGCUGGAUUGCCUCCAAAACCUCCUGUUAGUGCAACAGUCAAGCCAUCUACUUCUGUUAUAACUGAAGAUAGUGAUGUCAAACAGCUUUUAAAAGAUGCCCUUGAAGCUUAUGAAAAUAGCUCUAUGAGUAGAGACCCUGAAUUUUUAUCCUUGGAAGCUAAUGAACAGGUUGAUAGAAUUCGAGAAUUUUUAAUCUCCCAAGGAAUUGAUCUUUUAUCUGGCACAAAUCCUAUAAAUUUUGAACAAGUCUAUUCUUAUAAUAAGCCAUUUAAGAAUUUAAAAGACCCCAUUCCAUUAGUCCCAGUUGGUGAACAUUGUCGUAGACCAAAUAUCACAGCACCAAUGAAUGAAGAAGAAGAAAAAGAGUAUGCUGAAUUUAUUGAAAGGGAAAACUACUAUUUAAAUUUACAAAAUUGGGAUGAAUUCCCAGAUAAGCUGAGAUUGUUUAUUGGUAACUUACCUGCCAACACUAUUUCAAAACAAGAUUUAUUCAGAAUUUUCUCUCAAUAUGGUGAAGUUAUUCAAAUUGCCAUUAAAGCUGGUUAUGGUUUUACUCAAUUCAGAUCAUCUGAAUCCUGUUUGGAUUGUAUUCAAGGAGAAACUAAUGUUCCUUUACACAACAAAAUUUUGAGAUUGGAUGCUUCUAAACCACAAAAGUCAAGACGUCCAGGUCAUCCUGAAAUCAACAACCCAAACAUGAGUUCUCGUGGUAGAGAAAGAGGUGCUGAAGAAGCUGAAGAGCCAGUUCGCAAGAAGAGAAAAGGUUCUUUUGAUUGUCAAGUUUAUAUCACUGGGAAGUCAUCAGUUUUCUUUAUUAGAAAAGUUAAGAAGGCAUUUGCUGGUGCUCAAAUUUCAAUUGAUAUUGAAGAUGUUACCCAAAAAAAUAUCAAUGAUGUUUUAAGUGAAGCUGCAUAUUCUGGAGUAUUGGCAGCAUGUGUUAUUAAAGAAUUGAAAGUUGAUGUUCAGACCUAUGAAGAAGCUGCAGAUGGUGGUAUUAAAUUCGAUGAGUAUGCCGAUGUUGAGCCUGAAGAAGCUGCCGGGAUUGUUUCUAAGGCCAAAUUGAAAAAAUAUGGUAACAAUAUGCCACCAUACAUUCCUCAGGAUACCAGUUAUAAUGAUCGUUCCACUGAAUCUCGUGGCUAUAGUGAUAGAGGUGGAAGAGGUGGUGGUCGUGGUGGUGCUAGAGGUCGUGGUGGUUACAAAGGACGUGGUGGUGGAAGAAGUGGUCAUGGUCACGGCCAUGGGCAUGGGCAUGGACAUGGAAAUGGUGGCCAUUGGAACGAACGUGGUGGAGGUGGUCGCAACGGUGGCUACAGAGGUAGUGACUAUAGCGGAUAUGGUGGAAACAAUAGUUAUGGUUCAUGGAAUCAUUCACCACAACAACAACCAUAUGGUUUGAUGAGUAAUCCUCCACCUCAGCAACAACAACCAUAUGGUCAAUCAUACUAUGGACAACCUCCACCACCACAGCAACAACAACAACAACCGUAUGGAUCUCCUCCGCAACAAUCUUCAUUCCAGUGGAAUUCAUCUCCUCAACAAGCAUUACAACAACAAUUAAGAAAUCCAGGAGAUGUAGAACGUAUGUUGCAAACAUUAAAUCCUGACCAGGUUCGUGGUAUGAUUAACAUGUUGCAACAACAACAGCAACAACAAGGUUCUAGUGGUGCAGGAUCUUAUGGUCAACCAAAUAAUUAUGGUGGAUAUAACAAUAAUAACAAUUAUGGUUCAAAUCGACAACAACCUCCACCACCUCAACAACAACAGCCACAACCAUAUGGUGGAUCUACAAGUACAAAUCAGGUUCAAUCUCUUCUUGCACAAUUACAACAAGGCACUGGCAGUAAUGCUAACAAUAAUCCUUACGGUCAGCCACCUCAAAAUGGUUCAGGUGGUAGUUUUUAUGACCAAUUAUCAAGAAGAGCUAAUAGAUAG